AUGGCCUCGCCAAUCGCGUCGGCUGCGCUCAAGGCGCGCAUCAAGCGCCCCUCGAUGCUGAAGAAGCUGUGCCAUCCCGAGGAUCUCAUGCAGCACUUUCCCAAUGGCGCCUACCUCGGCUGGUCCGGCUUCACGGGCGUCGGCUACCCCAAGAGAAUGCCCACCUUCCUCGCAGACCACGUCGAGAAGAACAACCUACAAGGCAAACUGCGGUACACCCUGUUCGUCGGUGCCUCGUCGGGUGCUGAGACCGAGAACCGUUGGGCUGCCCUGGACAUGAUCGAGAGGCGGUCUCCCCACCAAGUCGGCAAGAACAUCUCCAAGGGAAUCAAUGAGGGCCGCAUCAAGUUCUUCGACAAGCAUCUGUCCAUGUUCCCCGUAGACCUGGUAUACGGCUUCUACACCAAGGACAGGCCAAAGAACAAGAUCGACGUCGCAGUCGUUGAGGCGACCGAGAUCAAGGAGGACGGAAGCAUCGUUCCCGGCGCCUCGGUCGGCGCGACACCAGAGCUCCUCCAGCUCGCCGACAAGAUUAUUAUCGAGGUCAACACGGCGCUGCCAAACUUCGACGGCCUGCACGACAUCACCAUGACUGACCUGCCGCCGCGUCGGAAGCCAUACCUCAUCACCCAAGUCGAGGACCGCAUCGGCACGAACUCAAUCCCCAUCGACCCCGAGAAGGUCGUCGGCAUCCUCGAGUCCGACUAUCAAGACCAGACCCUCCCCAACAGCCCGGCCGAUGAGACGUCACAGAAGAUUGCCUCGCAUCUGAUCGAGUUCUUUGAGCACGAGGUCAAGCACGGCCGCCUGCCCGCCAACCUGCUUCCGCUGCAGUCGGGCAUCGGCAACAUCGCCAACGCCGUCAUCGGCGGUUUGGACAAUUCCAAUUUCCGCAAUCUCAAGGUCUGGACCGAGGUCAUUCAGGACACCUUCCUCGACCUCUUCGACUCGGGCCGCCUCGACUUUGCGACCGCCACCUCGGUCCGCUUUUCACCCGAUGGGUUCAAGCGCUUCUACAACAACUGGGAGCACUACCACAACAAGCUCCUCCUCCGCUCGCAGCAGGUGUCCAACUCGCCCGAGAUCAUCCGCCGCCUGGGCGUCAUCGGCAUGAACACACCCGUCGAGGUCGACAUCUACGCCCACGCGAACUCGACCUGCGUCAUGGGCAGCCGCAUGCUUAACGGCCUGGGCGGCUCGGCCGACUUUCUGCGCUCGGCAAAGUACUCCAUCAUGCACACCCCGUCCACCCGCCCGAGCAAGACGGACCCGCAUGGCGUCAGCUGCAUCGUGCCCAUGUGCACGCACGUCGACCAGACUGAGCACGACCUGGAUAUCAUUGUGACGGAGAACGGCUUGGCUGAUGUUCGGGGUCUAAGCCCCCGCGAGAGGGCCCGCGUUAUCAUUGAUAAGUGCGCGCACGAGGUGUACAGGCCGAUCCUGAGGGCGUACUUUGAGAAGGCGGAGAGCGAGUGCCUGCGCAAGGGUAUGGGCCAUGAGCCGCACCUGCUGUGGAACGCGUUUGAUAUGCAUCGCGCGCUGAGUGAGGAGGGCAGUAUGCGCAAGGUCAAGCUGUGGUAA